GAGGUAUAUGAGCAGCCUUUGCGGUGGUGGAUUGACCAAAUCAUCUACUUCGAGCUCAACAAUACCGUCAAAGCUUACACGCAUCAUCUCCACGACGACCCGUCCAUUACUCCAAACAUGACAGGCUAUCAUAAAGUCGCCGUCGCCGGCGCGACAGGCAAUCUCGGACCCGCCGUCGUCGAACAGCUCGUCAAAGCCGACCUCUCCGUGACGAUCCUCUCUCAAUCCGGCAACACAUCCUCUCUUCCAUCUUCGGUCAAGACGGUCAAAGUCGACUACAAAUCUCCAUCCUCUCUGAAAUCAGCGCUUGCCGGCCACGAGGUGGUUGUCUCCCUCUUGCCAGAUCAUGGCUCGCAACCCGCGCUCAUCGACGCCGCCAUUGCCGCCGGCGCGAAGCUCUUCAUCCCAUCCGAGUUUGGCGCUGAUUUGGACAACGCAAAGGCCGCCGCGUUGCCCGUAUUCGCCGGCAAAGCUGUCACUCGCAACUAUCUCCGCGACCGCACCGAUCAGAUCUCACACACUCUGGUGGUUUGUAAUAUCUUCUUGGAUUGGGGAUUGCAGGUCGGCUUCCUGGCCAAGCUUCGCGAAGAAAUGGGUCCCACUCCGCUCUACGACGGAGGUGAGACGAAGCGGAGCGCCACGUUGCUCUCAGACGUUGGUAAAGCCGUCGUCAGCAUCAUCGCUGACCCGGAAGCCGCGAAGAAUCGGACUGUACGCAUCCAAUCCACUGCCCUGUCGCAGAAGACGAUUUUGCGAAUUGCAAAGGAG